UUCUGCUCUAUGGGUAUCAUAAAAUUAUAGAUACCACCUAACUAGAUCACUUCUAUCUCCAACAAUUCUUUUUGCUAAAUAAUAUUAUUUCUCAUCCAUCUCUCUCUCUCCAUCAUGAUUAAUACCCAAGCUUUUUCUUUCAACAUCUUGAAAAUAACAAUUCUUUUGAUCAUUCUUCACCCUACUGUAGCCUCCAGUGAGUGUUCCUGUGAUGUUAAAGACACAAACCAGGAUCAUAAAAGUGAAGCACUCAAGUAUAAACUAGCUUCAAUAGCUUCAAUCCUUGUUGCUGGUGCCAUUGGUGUUGGUCUGCCAAUACUGGGCAAGAAAAUACCAACCCUAAGCCCUGAAAAUGAUAUUUUUUUCAUGAUCAAAGCAUUCGCUGCUGGUGUUAUUCUAUCAACAGGUUUCAUUCACAUACUGCCUGAGGCUUUUGAAAGUUUGACAUCCCCAUGUCUUGACCAGAACCCAUGGGGGAAUUUUCCUUUCACAGGGUUUGUUGCUAUGGUGUCUGCUAUUGGGACAUUAAUAGUGGACUCUUUGGCAACUGGGUUUUACAAGAGGCUGCACUUUAGCAAGCAUACACAAGUAAAUGCUGAUGAAGAGAAAGCUAAUACUGAUGAUGGGCAGCACCAGUCCGGUCAUGUCCAUGCUCACUCUCAUGCUGUUCAUGGCCAUGAAGAUGGUCCUGUCUCCCCAACUCAAGAUUUAAAUUUAUCAGAGUUAAUUAGACGUCGAGUUAUAUCACAAGUGUUGGAGUUGGGGAUUGUAGUUCAUUCAGUGAUCAUUGGAAUAUCUCUGGGUGCUUCUCAGAGUCCUGAAACAGUAAAGCCUCUCUUAGCAGCAUUGUCAUUCCAUCAAUUUUUCGAGGGGAUGGGACUGGGCGGCUGCAUAUCUCAGGCAAAAUUCAAAUCAAGGUCUACAGCAAUUAUGGCAGUUUUCUUCUCCCUGACAACUCCAAUUGGGAUAGCAAUUGGGAUUGCAAUAUCAAGUGUUUACAAAGAGAAUAGUCCCACAGCUCUAAUUGUUGAAGGGAUUUUCAACUCAGCCUCAGCUGGGAUAUUGAUUUAUAUGGCACUCGUUGACAUCUUAGCAGCAGAUUUCAUGAGCCCAAGGAUGCAAACCAAUUUCAUGAUUCAAUUAGGUGCAAAUGCUUCACUUCUCCUAGGGGCUGGUUGUAUGUCAGUACUAGCCAAAUGGGCAUGAAUUAAUUUUGGGUAUAUACAAAUAUCCCUUUAGAUUUUUGUAGUUCUUUUUAGGGUUAAUUGUAAAAGAAUUCUCGACCUUUGGCGUUUUUCUCAAUUUAAUCAUGUGUUUUUAA